CCUAUUUCGAUUUUUAAUUUUAUUUUGAAUUUAUUCAUUAAGUGUUAAAUUAAUAUUCUUCAAAAAUGGACCAUUUAAUAUCACCAUCAUUUCAUAACCAUUUGAAGAAUUUUAUUAUAGCUGCUAAACAAUAUUCAUAUUGCCAUGAUGAAUCAUCUUUAAAUGGAGUUCUAUGUUCAUUACAAAUCCUUGGACAGUUAUCAAAUGAAUUUACUCUAAAUUCUAAAGAUACAUUAAGACAUGAGUUUUUUAUCAACUUAUAUGAACUGAUGAGGAAUACAAAUGAUGAUUCUGAGAUUAUGUGGGCGGCUGUUAAUUUUUUGCAGUCUAUUGUAAAACAAGGAUUUUUUCAUAGCACAAUAUUAAACAGUAAUGGAUUAACACUAAUUUUAACAAAAUUACUAAAAGAUGAAUUGGCAUUAGAUAAAAAAAUCAAAAUACUCAAACUACUUCAGGAAUUAACAUAUAAAAUGAAACUACAAUGGCAGGAAAGCCAUUCAUCUGAAUUAAUUACUCUGUUGAUUAAAUGGAUAUCAACUGAAGACAAAGAUCUUAUAUCCUUAAGCCUAGGAGUUUUAGUAAAUGUGUGUUGUAAAAACAAAUUUGCUAUGUUUACUCUUGUGAAAUGUACACAUUCUAAAUCCUUCAUGCGUCUUCUUUUAAAACUACAAUCUGAUGACAUAUUUAUCAAAGUUCAAGUGUAUAAAUUAUUAUUAAUUUUAGAACAUGUAUCUGGUCAGAUACCGCAAGUUGAUGUUAAUAAUUUAAUUGAUGUAACAUUUGUUGUUUUGGAAGAAGGACUUAAAUUAAAAAAUGUGUUUGUUCUACGUCAUGCAGUUGACUUUUUUAUUGAUAUUAGUGAACAUUCACGUUGGAAAAAUUCUGUUUUAGAAUAUGAAGGCUAUAAAACAAAUUUAAUUAAAAUAUUGGAAUCUAUGAAUAAUUUUAAAUGUAUUGAGAAAACUCAUAACAAUUAUCACAUAAUAUUACAAAGCGUGGACUUACUUUUGCAAUUUAUCCAUCAUGUUGUUCAAUUCAAAAAUGAAGAUUUAAUCAUAUUGUAUCCUAAAAUAAUAAUGUAUAUUUUACAUUGGACUCAAUUUUCAAAUCUUCACGAACAAUCAAUAUCAAUUUUACAAACUAUAACUAUUAAUGUGCGAAGUUAUAAUAGUUAUAUGGAUCAAACCCUUCAAUGUGAUAUUUAUGAAAAUUUAGAAAAGUGUUUAUAUGUGUUGCUAAUGAUAUUAUUUGAACCAAAUAAAAAUGUGGAAAAUGAUUCUAAUAUAUGUAUAUGGAAUAAACAUGCAAUAUGCUUAAGAUUUCUUCAAGAAAUGUUAAAGAUACAACAACUAUAUGAAAUAAUUGAUGAAAACCUUAAUAUUUCUUCUCUUCAGUCUUUAUUUCAUUCUCUGAUAUUGAUUGAUAUUAACAAUUUAAAUGAUCUACAAAAUGUCACAUUUGUAUAUAUUGAAGCUCUAUGUUUUCUAUCUGAAUUAGUUGCUAAGAAUCCUACUUGGAUGUCUUUAUAUUCUGAAAUAUUGAAUCAGAAACAUGUUUAUCGUGUGCUUGCAUUUAUAAUUUAUAGAGGUUCAAAAAAUAUGAAACAAAAAGUAUUAGAUCUCAUUACUAAAUUUUCACAACAAAGUACUUUAAUGUUAUCUGAUUGUUUGGAAGAAAUUGAACAAUUAUCUUUAGCUAAAGUGAAAAUUCUAACUGAAAACUCAGUGGAGACUGCAAUAAAACCUAUGUGUACAUUUGCUCAAGAAGAACAAAUACAAAUGUUUAUUGAUAAAUUAGAAAAUAUAUUUAAUUCUAAUGAAAUACUUAGUAUAAAAUCGAGUAAUGUUAUUAUGUUAUAUCAGUAUAAAAUGAAUACAUUAAAACAAACUGAAGUAUGGUUAAAACAAAGUCUUGAUAAUGCCUCUGAAGAAAUAACACGAUUAAAUUAUAAAAUAGUUUGUUUAAAUAGUGAAUCAAUGCAACUAAAUCAAAUGUUAUUAGAUGAUCACAAAGAAAUUGAGGAGUUAACAACAGAAAAUGAAAAUUUAAAAAAAAAAUUAAAUGAUAUUACAGAACAAUUUGCUACAACUAGUAAUAACUUUGCAAAACUAUCUCAAAAUUAUGAAUCAAAACGUCAAAUUAUUCAAGAACAAAAUACUUCAAUAAAAAACCUUGAAAAACAAUUAGAAGAGCUACGUUUAGAAAGUGAUGAAAUGAAAGCUGAUUUACUAAACCAAUUAAAAAAUGAAAAAGCUGAAAAUAAAAUUCAAGUUUCAAAAUUAGAACAACAAUUAAUGGAAAAACAAAGUAUCGUCAAUGAAAAAACAGAGGAAAUCAACAACAAAAUAUCAUUUAUUAAAAAUCUAGAAAAUAUUAGUUUAGAAAAAGAUAAAGAUAUUAUUGAUUUGCGUAAACAACUACAAGAACAACAAAGAGUUCGUGAAAUGAUAAGUCAAAUGUUAGCUGCUACAUCCAGUAAACCUUAAUUAUCUGAUAUUUAAUCUUGAUCCACUCAAUUUGUGUUCCUAAGUUAAAUAUAAAUUCUACAUUUUUGAAGAAAAAAAAAUAUGUUUUUAUAACCAUUAGAAGUUAAUGUAUCAAUGUGUUUUUAAAUUAUAGUUUUUACUUAUUCUGUAAGUAUAAUGUUAUUA